GAGCCAAUCCAAGAACUCGCAGUCAUUCGAGAAGAGAUGGCAGAUCAUGAUGAGAAAAUCGACUUGGUUGAAGACGUAGAGUUAACUCGAGAACCCAUAAGCAUCGAGGAACAACCUGUUACUCCAAUAGAAAAAAUAGCAGACCGUGAUAUAAAGAAAAUUGAUUUGGUUGAAGAAGAGAUAUUCCCUGAAAAAAUGGAACCGGCAAAAGAAAUUCCAGUAACGGAUAAAAAACUUGAGAUUAUCGAGGACGAAGUAGAUCAGGAGGCGGCACCUGCAGAGAUCGCAUUGGAGCGACCAGAGGAGUAUUUUGAGCCGAAGCGCAUAGAAGAUUAUGAUACAAAAGAAGAAGAAGAGGAAGAAGAAGCCCUGACUGAUUACGAAAGAUUCAUCGAUGAGGAAAUGGAGGAAUCUUUGCCUGGUGUAAUAGCAAAAGAAAUUCCUGAAGAGCCGGAAAUGGUGCGAAAGAUUCCUAAAAAGCCGGCUGUCUUGCGUGAGAGGGACGAUCGCAAAAGACCUGUCAGGCCAAAAGAAGCGAGAGAGAUCGAAGGACCACCAGCUCGAGAAGAAGCUAGAGAAGAGCUCGUAAUCUCGCCGAGGGCGGAACGUGUUGUUCCGAGUAAACGCGCGCCUGGAGUCGUGAAAGAUGCUUGCGACGAGACGUGUCCUUUAGUGAAAGAGCAGAAAGAACGCAUUAUACGCAAAUUGAAGGAACGGCAGAGGGUCGUAGAUCAUUAUUAUCUGACGAAAGGUUUCAGUUAUUUCGAGGACGUGUGCACGUGCUCUCUGGCUUGCAUGGUGUACAGUCUGGGCAGAGAUCCGUUCGUGAGGAGCAUAUUCGCGUCUCUCACGUUGUUCGCAAUAGGACUGAAGCUGUGCUCAGAAUUGGAUGCUUGGGAAAUGCCAAGCCGCGUCUCGUAAUACCAAGCAUACAAUUAUUAUGUACACCAUAUUACUUCAUAAGAUCAUAUAUUAAUGAGAUUGAGAUAAAAAUGCCAUCAAAACGCUCUCACAAAA